UGUUUAUACUGUUGUGAUGACAGUAAAUUAAUUGUUGAAAAAACAAUUAAAACUUGAAAUUAAUUUUAAAAAAUUGAAAUACAAACAAUUAUGGGUGUACAACCUGAAGAAUUAAUUAUUAAUAAGUCGGAAAAAAAUCCAAUUGUAUUUUUUGACAUCUCCAUAGAUGGUGAAAACGCGGGCCGAAUUAUUUUUGAAUUAUUCAAAGAUGUUACUCCACGCACUGCUGAAAAUUUCCGUGCUCUUUGCACUGGAGAAAAAGGAAUUGGGAUAAAUGGAAAAAAAUUACAUUACAAAGGAUCAGUAUUUCAUAAAAUUGUUCCUCAGUUUAUGAUCCAAGGAGGAGAUAUAAUAAAUUUCGAUGGAACUGGAGGAGAAAGCAUCUACGGUGCUCAUUUUGAAGAUGAAAAUUUUAAACUUAGUCACUCAGCAAAAGGAUUAUUAAGCACAGUAAACAAAGGACAGCCGGAUACCAAUAAUUCUCAAUUUAUUAUAACAACGGAAGCUAGUAAUCAUUUAGAUAAUACGAAUGUAGUAUUUGGAAAAGUUAUAAGAGGUAUGGGCGUAGUGCAAGAAAUUAGUGAAGGUCCAGUAAAUAACGACAAACCUUUACAGGUAUCUAAAAUUAUUGACUGCGGAGAAAUUAAGGAGGGAGAAGACUGGGGACUUGUUAAAGUUGAUGAAUCAUCUGAUACUUAUCCAGACUGGCCUGAUGAUUGGGAUUAUGCAUUAAACAUUGAUAAAAGUGAAAUAGAUCAUCAUUGUGUUAAGGAAGCAAUUGAUAAAAUAAAGAAUGCUGGAAAUUAUUACUAUUCUCAAAAAAAUUACAACAAAGCUAGUAGGAAAUAUAAAAAAGCUUUGAGAUAUUAUGAUUGGUUGAUGAAAUCUUGUAAUACUCCGAAUAAUUUAGAACAAAAUCUAUUAGAAUCAAAAAUAUCAAUUAUAUUAAAUCAAGCUAUAGUUGAAUUGAAAAAAGAACAAUACCGAAAAGCAUUGGAGCACUGCAAUAUGGUACUGUCUAUUGAUAAAUCAAAUAAUAAAGCUUUAUUUAGACGAAGUCAAGCUUAUGUUGGUUUAAAUGAUUAUAAACUUGGUCUUGCAGAUUUAGAAUUACUACUAUCAAUGAAUCCAAAAGAUUCAACCGUUAUACAAGAGAUAGAAAAAUUAAAGAAAUUAAUGAAAAAAUAUUUAAAUUAUGAGAAAGAGUCAUUCAAAAGAAUGUUCAAAUAAAUAUUUUUACUGAUUCAAUUUAUAAAUGUUUGAUACAAUAAUCUACAACAAAGGCACUAUAAUUAAAUGUAUAUACUACUUAUGAGAACUGUUUAAAAAAUUAAGAAGUUUUAAAAAAAAUGACUUUCACUUAAAUUAAUAAAUAUUUAUAUGUACUUAUGAGAUAUAUUUAAUAAACUUUUACUGAUAAAGAAAAAUCAUAUUCAAAUAAUAAUUUGUCACAAAAAAUAUUAAUAAAUUAUUUUCAUGUUGGAAAAGUAUGGAACGAUCUGAAAUUAACUCAAGUUUAUGUUAGAGAUAAUAGUGGGAUUUACUAAAAUGCUAGUUUACGGUUAAUACGAAUAAUUAAAUAACAACUCUAUUCCAAAGUUAUUUAUACAAUGUUUAUAUUUUGUACUUCAAUAAACCUUUUAUGCUAUUUGGUAUCAUCAUGUAAAUUUAAUUACAAGAACAAGUCUGCACAAACCGAUUGACUUAUGAAUUUGUGCAUUAAUUAAAUACUAUACAAUAGUAAUAUCAUAUAUUGCAUGUGAACAGUACGAAUAUAGCGUUCGCAGAACAAUACUAUAUAUCAAAGCUGCAAUAAUCAAUAAAUCUUAUUCGUAAUUUAAUGAAAAUUCUUAAUAUUGAUAGUAAGUAGUGGAAGCAUAAAAUGAUAAAUCAAUAUAAAAAGAAAUUAACUUAUUGAGUUAGACGUGUAACUUCUGAUACUAAUUCAACACUUUUCAUGCUAAAUACUCAUGAGUAAUAUAAUUAAAAUAAAUACUAAAUUCACAAAUUGUUUUAAAUACGUUAAAUUUGACUAGACAUCUUCAAGAUCUUACUUCAAAUUAUUUCCACACUUAUUUAAGCUUACCUA